AUGGCAAGGUCAAAAACCACAUCAAGUGAAGAAAGUGAUGAGCAAGAAGUUCAAACCAAGAGAUCUUAUGAUUGCACAUUUUGCAAAAGAGGUUUCACUAAUGCAAGGGCAUUAGGAGGCCACAUGAAUAUUCAUAGAAAAGAGAGAACAAAUUAUGAGGCCAAUCAAACCACACACAAUUUCAUGUGCUCAUCAUCUUUUGUUCCUAUUGUUUCAAGGCAACCCUCAACAUAUUAUUGCCUUUUGGAGCCUACUAGGAACUAUGACAUGUAUAUUCAUCCAUCAACAACAAACCCUAGAAACCCUUCUCCUGACUUUCAAUAUGAUUUUCUUAACACAAGCACCGAGUCUUUGAUGGAAACCAAUUUGAGCCUCCAAAUUGGUUCAAGUAAUGAGUGUAAUGAUCAAGUUUGGAGAGGAACUGAGAAAGAUGGUGAAGGGGUGAACCUAGAGCUUAGGCUUGGUCAUAGUUCAUACUCAAACUACUAA